AAACGUGCUUGGGUACAUGAGUUUGCCUGACUCAACGCCCCAGCGACAAGAUGCGGCGACUCCGGGAAUUAAAUUGUCGCACCAUAUAGACCUGCCUUAUCUGUACGUCAGUGGUUCGAAUUUCGGCCCGAAAACAAGCUCUCCUGACUGGGAUUUCUGUGGUGUGCCUCACUUGUUCCGGCAAAAUGGUCUAGUAAAGAUAAAGGUUACAACGGAUGAUAUCACAGAUCCAUUGUGUUCAUCUGUCUCUCCUGUACAGCUGCAUUUUGAGGACAUCACAUCUGCAGCAUUCAAAAUAAAGUCUGGUGUCCUAGUCACACCAUGCAUGAGGUCCCACUUAUCAGAACUUACAGGAAUGGAUGUGUAUCUCAAAAAGGAUUUCCUCCAGUAUACAGGCAGCUUCAAGGAGAGAGGGGCAUGUUAUGCUCUACUCAUGCUACCAGAGGAACAGAAAAGGAAAGGAGUGAUUUCUGCCUCGCUUGGAAAUCAUGCACUAGCCCUGUCAUAUCAUGGACACAGACUUAACAUUCCUGUGACUGUAGUGAUGCCCACUGUGGCUCCCAUCAUGAAGAUCCAGGCAUGUGAACAGCAUGGAGCCCGUGUGGUAGUGCAAGGCAAUGACAUGGGAGAUGCAAAAAGAAUCGCCAUGCAACUCUCCAAGGAUCAAGAUCUUGUAUAUAUCAAUGGAUAUGAUCAUCCUCAUAUCAUGGCCGGUCAAGGAACACUUGGUCUGGAGAUUGCUGAUCAGGUCAGCAAUUUGGAUGCUGUGAUUGUGCCUGUUGGUGGAGGUGGCCUCAUUGCAGGAGUUGCUCUUGCAAUAAAGACGCUGUACCCUAAAACAAUUAUCAUUGGUGUAGAAUCUGUACGCUGUGCAAGCUUCUCAAGGGCACUGGAAGCUGGCAAACCUGUGUACACACCCAUUGAGUCAACAUUAGCAGAUGGGUUGGCUGUGCCUAUGGUUGGAUAUAAUGCAUUUGCCACAGCUGCUCCACUUAUUGACAAAAUGGUCAUGGUGAAAGAAGAAUGGAUCGCAAUUGCAAUCCUGCGGUUGGUUGAACUUGAGAAAUGCGUAGUAGAGGGUGCAGGAGCUGCUGGGUUGGCUGCUAUUCUUGCAGGACAUCUCAGUGAGCUUAAAGGAAAGAAGGUGGUUCUACCAUUGUGUGGUGGCAACAUUGACACAACAAUUCUUGGUCGGUGUCUGGACAGAGGAUUGGCAUGUGAUGGGCGUCUUCUCAAGUUCUCAGUUACUGUGAGCGAUCGACCUGGUGGUAUUGCAGAACUUUGCCGACAGAUGGCCUCUAUUGGAAUUUCUAUAAAAGAUAUUAUGCAUGAAAGGGCAUGGAUACAGUCAGACGUUUUCAGUGUUGAGGUGAAAGUUGUAUGUGAGACUCGAGAUAUUGAACAUGCCAAUAUGCUUAAGAAGAUGCUGUAUGAAAAUUACAAGAGAGUUAUAUUUGGGGAGAUUCCGAGCCCAAGUCUACUGGGUUCCGAAAAUGUAUUGGCUUCAGGUCAUGUUUGACUGGAAACUUGAUGUGUGUGUAAAAGUAACACUGCUAUUUGCAGACUUCUUCAAUUCAAAAUUAGAAUGAUGUGAACAGUGGCGGCUCAUAGCUAAAAUUAGUGGAGGUGCUGCUCCAGAAGUGCACAGUUCCAUACAAAGAUUUGACUACUCACAUUAAGCUUAA